UAACAUUUGAAUAAAUAAAAAACUGAAUGUGUUUAAAAGAAAAAAUUGUUUAACAAUGCAUGACACUAAUUCAAUCACACGUGUUUACCGGUUCGAUGGAAAUUAGUUACUUGCAAUUGCACAGCAAAACUGUAAUUAAAUAUUUAUGAAACCAAUGAUUUAUUUUUAAAAAAUUUAUAAGAUGUUUCGUGUAUCCGUUCACGUGUGAACAACAGACACAAAUUAUGCAUUAAGCCCUUGAAACUUGCCGGCAAAUAUUUGUUUUUGCUUGCAAUAAAUGUGUAGAGCAGCCACAGACUCAACAACAAAAACUCUGUUAACUUCUACUGCUAACAGUGCUGCUCACUGCAGUGGUUUGUUUUGCUUGCUUUGCUGUUGGCGCAAAGUUGCUGAACCAGUUUUUGGUUAAAGUCUCGCACUGCAGCCGCAUUCUUCCGUCGAUUAGAAUUUUUGUGCUGACAAGGAUUUUGAAAAAAAAAAAUUAUUUUCGUAGAAAAAAUAUUAUGAUGGCACUGGACGGCAAAACUAUUAUAAAGGAGGAAAUUACAGAAAAGGACACAUAUGAGGCAACAGCAUCUACAAAUUCAAGUCGACGUAAUAAAUCUAAUAGCAGUUCUUCAGCAGUUAAAGACACUGCAAUCUCCAACACAAACGGCAGUAAUUCAAGCUCAAAUUCUAAUCAGAAUAGCAGCAGCUCACGUAAUUGUCGCACACCAGAUUCUCCAGAAAGUGCACGUGCUAUUGCACCACGUUCCCCCAUGUCGCCGCAAAUUCAUCACAAUAGCUUGGCACCACCAACGCGUCCAAAUCGUAAUGCCAGUGCUUCACCAGUAGUAAAUGGCGCGACAACCACACCGCCACCACCACAACCGCCGCAAGCAGCGCAAGCUGUUGUUGCCGCAGCAGCUGUGGCGGCAGCACAUGUUGAACAGGCUCGUUUAUUGGCUAAGAUACGUAAAUUUUUGGGUUCACUAGUACAGUUGGCGCAAGAAGUCCAUCCUGAAGCCAGUGAACGAGUACGAGCUUUGGUUUUAUCUUUGGGCAGUGGAGGCAUAAGUAUUGAGGAAUUCCGCACAGCUUUGCAGGAGGUAAUCAAUCUUCCUUUGCGUCCAUAUGUUGUUCCACUCUUAAGGAAUCAUAUAUCUCUACUUCAGCGUGAAAUUGCUGCACUAGCUCGAGCCACAAAUCAGACUCCGCUGCAAUAUGUCACUAAUAAUGAAAACUGCAUCAUGGAGUAUGCCACUCAUAGCGGCAGCUCGGAAUACAAUGAUAUUUUUAUGCAGUUGGAAACCGCACAGGCUGCUUCAAAUGGUGUAGCAACGAGUUUGGUUUUUAAGCGUCGCUCUUCGGAUACGCUUAUGGAGCAUCAUAACGGCGUACAAGACUGGAGUGACUACAUGGCUGCUUAUCCACCAGCUAAACGCUUACUUGCACAUAAUCCACAGCUGAGUGCAGCACCAGCAGAUGCGCGAAUAGCUUUUGGUGGGCAACCCACGUUGUUUGACUAUUCCAGCAGUGGUGCAGCGGCUCAGUCUGAGACCAAUUUUAGCAGUUUGAUGGAUAAGAAUAAUCAUCGUGAUGAGCGUGAUUUACGCAACUCCAUAGCUGCAGAGGCUCAACGACAUGCUGUACGCUCAAAUUUGCCCACUUCUGGUGGAAAUUCGAGUAGUGGUGGUGGAGGUAGUCUUGGUGGUGAAGAGGAAUGGAAAAACAUUCAUACUAUGUUAAAUUGCAUUUCCGCUAUGGUGGAUAAAACAAAGCGCGCCAUCACAAUUUUACAACAACGCGGUGUUGAACCACAGCAAUCGAAUUAUGGCGAAAUGACACCGGCUUCGUUAAUGGAAAUACGCAGACAGACCGAAGAGAAAGUGGCUGAGUUCAAGCGUAAUGCCGAAGAGGCAGUAAAUCAAGUUAAACGUCAAGCUGUUAUCGAAAUACAACGAGCAGUUGUAGCCGCAGAAACUCGUGCCGCUGAGGUCAUGGCACAGGAGCGUCUACGCAUGGAGAAAUUUUUCGUUGAAAUGAGUCGUCAUUCUGGCAGUGAGCGUGAGCUGGACAACAAAUCGCCGUCGAUAACCGCAAGUCAAAAUGCCUGCUGGAACUGUGGGCGCAAAGCCACAGAGACGUGUUCCGGCUGCAACUUGGCACGCUAUUGUGGUGCUUUCUGUCAACACAAGGAUUGGGAACAUCAUCACCAAAUUUGUGGCACCACGCGUUCCACUGAUCUCUCUACAAAGCACUCCUCACAGGUCAUACCACUUUCUGCUACCAUUCGCGGUACAAUUACACGCUCACCACCCACUUCCUCGCAGCCACAAUCCACGCAAGCAGCGCCACCGCAGCCCUCAAACAGUGCUACGCAACCGAGUUCCUUGGUACCCAAUGGGGUGGGCUCCAAAUGACGUAUUCGCAUGAUGAAACCGAAGAAGAAAUACUUGUGCUAGUCAAAUUACUAAAAAUAAAUUAAUAAUAAAAUAGCAACGCUCAAAUAUAAUUAAAAGAAAAAAUUUACACCAGUAAAAAUAAUAUUUGUAUUUAUUAUCAAAUGGUGAAUGAUGCAUUCAUAGAUGUGUUAAACUGUUUCAAUACAUUUUCUUAUAAAAAUAACAUUAAAAUUUAAGCUUAAAUAAAAGUUAUACCAAAAAGUGGAAAGGGUGAGGGAAGUUGCCACCCUUAAACACUAAAAAUUAAAAUUUAAAAAAAUUUAUCAAAAAUUUUAAUGAAACAAAAACUGAAAAAAUAAUUAAAA